AUGCGAGUGGGCAAGUUGUGCCGCCUGGCUCUGCGCUUCUGGAUGGGAUUGAUCCUGGUGCUGGGAUUCUCCAGCCACUACUACAGUCCCACUCGACGGCGUCUGGUCCACUCCCGAAUCUUGCAGACAUUCAACUGGCUGUUAAUGGCCAUCAACUUGAUGGCGUUCUACGCCUACUACAGAUACUCCAGAACGUAUUUCCUGAAGGCCAUGUUUAGGCGCCAACGAUUCGUGAAUCAGGUGACAGCCUUCAACGUAUUCCAGCAGCUCAUGAUGAUGGUGACCAACAUUGCAUUGCACCUUCUAUUUGAACGCGAGGUGUGCCAGACGUACAAUGAGGUGUCUAGGAUUUUGGAGCAGGAGCUGAAGCUCACGGAGCACAGUCGCUUCUUCAGCCUGGCGUUUCUGGCCAAGGUGCACAACUUCAUGCACAACAUGAACUUUGGGCUGAGUGCCGUCGUCCAUUGGGGCUUACGACCCUUCAAUUUUUGGGAUUUGCUGGCCAAUCUCUACUUCGUCUACAACUCGCUGGCCAGGGAUGCCACCCAGGUGGUCUAUGUUCUGCUGCUUCUCAGCCUGUCGGAGGCACUGCGUCUGAAUGGCCAGCAGGAGCACAGCUCCUACAGCGGCCUCAUGAACCUGCUGCGCAGACAGGAGCGUUUGCUGAGCAUCGGGAGGCGGGUGCAUCGAAGGUUCGCCUGGCUGGUGACGAUAGCCUUGUUUUACCUAGUGUUCUUCAACACAGCCACCAUUUACCUGGGCUACACCAUGUUCAUCCAGAAGCACGACCCGGUGGGCCUGCGUGGCAGGGGCUUGAAGAUGCUGCUCACGGCCGACUCCUUCUUGGUCAUUCUGUGGGACGUGCUCCUCCUGCAGAUCGUCUGUGAAAAGCUGCUGGCGGAGCAAAACCAUAUCUGCGCCAGUCCACAGAAUGCGGCUUCUUCCAGGAGGACUUACAGACAGUGGGAAAUGUCCGUUUUGAGGCGAGCAAUUAGACGAGCCUCGCCAGAGAACAAUGUUUUGGGCAUGUUUAGGAUGGAUAUGCGAUGUGCCUUCGCCUUGAUAAGCUGCAGCUUGUCCUAUGGCAUCAUAAUCAUUCAAAUUGGCUACAUCCCAGGCUAA